AUGGACACAUUUGGCGACGACUUGUAUCCAUUGGCUCUCCUUAUGGAUGAGUUGAAACAUGACGAUGUAUCAAAUAGAGUAGAAGCCAUGCAGAAAGUAGACACAAUUGCUAUCGCCUUGGGACCCGAGAGGACUCGUAAAGAAUUGUUACCAUUCUUGAAUGAUGUUGCGCAAGACGACGAAGAAGAAGUGUUUACUGUAUUGGGAACCAAAUUGGGAGAUUUUGUUCCCUUGAUUGGUGGACAUGAAUAUAGUGAACCAUUGGUCUCGAUCUUGACUAUUUUGGCAUCAAUGGAGGAGCCAUUGGUUAGGGACAAGGCCAUAGACUCGUUAAACAAGAUCAGUUUGGAGAUGACACAAGAAGAGAUCAACAAGAUUUUCCUCAAUUUGAUUACAAACCUCACCCAGGGCAACUGGUUUCUGAAAAAGAUUGCUUCUUGUGGGUUGUACAAGGCAGUUAUCAUUAGAGUCAAUGCCGAAGUGAGAAAAGAUUUAUUGAAGAUGUAUCUCAAAUUGGUGACCGAUGAUUAUCCAAUGGUGAGAAGAGCAGCAGCUACGAACUUACCCCAUUUGAUAGACUUGUUGACGGAGUUUACAGAAAAGUCUCCUAAUGACGUCAACAAGGUAAACACAGAGGAUUGGGAAAUCAUAUCCAAGAUGUUCCAGCACUUGAUAAAUGAUGACCAAGACUCUGUCAAGUUCCUUAGUGUUGAUGUAUUGAUUUCCAUAUUGGAGUUUUUCCAAAAAAUCCAAGAAUAUAGUUUCAAUUCAGAUUUCUUAUCCAGUGCAUUAAAAUUAAUUAAAGAUGAUAGUUGGAGAGUGAGGUAUACCGCUGCUGACAGGUUCAGCAAGAUUGCGACAAAUUUUGCUCAUAACGAACAAGACUUGUUUCAACUAAUUGAUCCAUUUAUCACAUUGAUGAAGGACCACGAGGGAGAAGUAAGAAAGGCAAUUGCAAAGCAAUUACCAGCUUUUUGUAACUUGUUGACAAGAUAUCCACCUACAAAAGCUACAAUCUUGAACAAGAUUAUCCCAGUAGUCAAUGAGCUAAGUCAAGAUCCACAAGAAAAUGUUCGUGCUUCCUUGGCAUCGUCGAUAACAGAAUUGUCUCCAAUAUUAGAGAAGCAAGCAACAAUUGAUAAAUUAUUACCAGUUUUCCUUGAUAUGUUGAAAGACGAGUUCCCCGAUGUGAGGUUGAACAUUAUCUCAAACCUCUCGGUGGUGAAUGAAACAAUUGGCAUCAAUUUACUAUCAACAAACUUGUUGCCUGCCAUUACGGAAUUGGCCCAAGACCACAAAUGGAGGGUGAGGUUAGCAAUCAUUGAAUAUAUUCCAAAGUUGGCUGACCAACUAGGCGAGUCAUUCUUUAAUAACGAAUUGCUUUCACUUUGUAUGUCGUGGUUGUGGGACCCCGUGUAUGCAAUUAGAGAAGCCGCUGUGAACAAUUUGAAAAAUUUGACUAUAAUUUUUGGAUCACAAUGGGCGACAAGAGAGAUUCUCAGCAGGUUACUAAAUCAAGAUGACUCCAUCGACGAGGAUGACAAAAUUGACUACACCAAUUUCAUCAUUAGAAUCACAUGUCUCUUUACAAUCACUAGCUUGAUUCCAGUGAUCAACCAUGAUGUGCUAGUUGAAAAAGCACUUCCGUUCAUCAAUAGUCUAAUCACCGAUUCGGUGCCAAACAUUAGGUUCAACGUCGCCAAAUCAUACUUGACACUCGUUGAAGCAUUGGCAAAGAAUGAAGAGGCAAGAGCCAACCCUGAAGAGUUGAAGAAAUUGAUCAAUUUGCAAAUCUUGUCCAAUUUGGAAAAAUUGGAAUCCGAUGACGACAUCGAUGUGAGGUUCUAUGCUGCAGAGAGCAUAAAAGGUAUAAACCAAUUGAUGGCAUCAUGA